AUGAGUUCGAGUGGAAGAAAUCUUGAUAUCGCAGGGAUAUUUCCACCUAUACCAACCCCUUUCGACAAUAAUGAAAAUGUCAGCUGGGAGCAUUUAGAACAAAAUUUGAAAAAAUGGAACCAAAUACCUUUUAAAGGCUAUGUAGUUCAAGGAUCCAAUGGAGAAUACACAUAUCUAACCAAAGAUGAAAGAGUGGAAGUCGUAAGUAGAGUUAGAAAAGGCACUCCAAAAGACAAACUAAUAAUAGCUGGAUCUGGAUGUGAAUCUACUAGAGAUACUGUUGAGAUGAGUAAAUUGAUGGCCAGUGCUGGCGCCGAUGCUGUCUUAGUUGUGACACCAUGCUACUAUAAAGCACAGAUGAAAGCAGCCGCUCUAGAACAACAUUAUAGAAAAGUAGCAGAUGAGAGUCCUAUACCGGUUAUACUAUACAGUGUACCUGGGAAUACUACAAUAGACUUACCGGUGGAUGUUGCUGUCAAUCUAUCAAGUCAUCCUAACAUCAUUGGUAUGAAAGAAAGUGGUGGAGAUGUAAGUCCUACAUGUAUGUGCCAGUCUAGUCUUUCUACCAUAUUAGCUGACAUACUUUGUAUUUACACUAUAUCACCUGACGUCGUCCACAGGUAAACUCAUGAACAUCGUCAACAGGGUAACUAAUGAACAUCGUCAACAGGGUAACUAAUGAACAUCGUCGACAGCGUAACUCAUGAAUGUCGUCGACAGGGUAACUAAUGAACAUCGUCAACAGGGUAACUAAUGAACAUUGUCAACAGGGUAACUAAUGAACAUCGUCAACAGGGUAACUAAUGAACAUCGUCAACAGGGUAACUAAUGAACAU